AUGCAGCCCUCACAGUUGGAGAUUCAGCGCGAGGUCGAGGCUUUGCGAGACAUAAAGCGGCGUUCUACAGCACAAGGCGGUCCAGGUGCUCUUAUUCUUGAUCCUGAUCUUCCGAACCCAUCGUCUCCACCCUCACCAACAUCCAGCUACUGGACUGCCACUGCGCCUCAGCAGUUACCAGAUGGUGACUCCAGCAGCAGCUCUCACGAAGGCAGCUCUAGCUCAGAGGAGCGAAGCGUGGGCUUAGAUGAUCCUUUUCAUCUUUUCUGGGUGCCAGCUCGUUUUCAUCCUGAAAUCGAUCCGGGCCAGUUUAGCGCUUUUCUCAAGGAACACGCACGUACUCCGCCCCCAGAUGGCGGCUCUGGACCUCUUCGAUCAAAUUCUUUGAGCAUUCCUUCCACAGGUUUGGGACGCAAACGUUCAAUGCUCAGCAGGCAGUAUAAGCCAUCAGAGAAUGACCAGGUCGAGGACGAGGAUGAGAAGAUUGUCCCCUCGCGCCCAAAUCGCACACCUCUUGCAAAUGCGCCACAGCUUACUAUCAGCGACUUACAAAGGCUGGAAACACUGGCAGAAGAGGCCUCAAAGAGCGACGAUCCUACAAAACUUAGGAACGUGCUCAGGCGAAGUUUAAGCCUUAAUGUGUCUCCUUCAGCCAUGGACAGGAUGGACGAUAUUCCUGACAUGCCAGAUGAGGUCGAUGCACCUAUCAUCGUUCCUCCUCCCGGCCUAAUUCUUCGUCGAGCUGCGCGCACUAAGAUCCGGAAGACCACCUUACCUGGUGAUGGUGGUGGCCAUCGGUUUGGGUCCGGACGCAGGCCUCGUGCUGCCGCACAGGGAGAACCACGUACUUCCAGUGACCUGUCUUCCAGUGAUCACGUCUCGUCAAGUGAUCACGGUGAUAUCACAGAAACAGGUAGACGACCUCGUGCCCUUUCUAACGAAAGCAUUACAAGUGAUGGCCAUACUUCACAAACUGACGUGCUCAUAGACGAAACACUCAUCCUUGAAGCAUACCUCUGUGACGUACCUGAUGGUGAAGCUCCUUCAAUCUUAUCGCUAAACUCCGACCCCCCAUUAUUAUCAUUUUCUCCAGCACGCGACGAGCCCCCACCGACCCAAACCGAACCUAGCCCGGAUACUCCCACCAAUGCGAUAGUCUUACAUCACCCUCAACCACAGAGACUUACUCUGACCUCUCCUUCCGAAGAGUCGUCUCGAACGCCAUCCCCCGAUACAUCUACCUUGGCAUCUACCGAAGCUAUAUCGACAUCCAGCCUCCCACAGAAAACCCCAAGCCCUGUGCCAAAGAAGGAGAAGGACCGCAAGGGCCUGUUUAAAUGGGGCAGCGACAAAGGCGGGAAGAAGAACGGCAAGGAUAGGGAACGCGAGAAGGAAGUGCAGCGAGUGGAAAAGGAGAAGGAGAGCGGGUUCUUCGGGUCCUUGUUCAGCAGCAAGAAAAAGGGAGACGAGCAGGCAUCUCAGCCGCAUCCAUACGGGUCUGGGCGGGAGGCUGCUACUGCCUUACUUGGCCAGUCAAAAUCUUCAAAACAGUAUGUUCCUUCGCCAUCGCCACAACUGCCCGGCGGGCAAGGCGUGUACGCUCGAUAUCCCAUCCACGUAGAGCGCGCGAUCUAUAGACUAAGUCAUAUCAAGCUGGCAAAUCCUCGAAGGCCGCUGUACGAGCAGGUUCUCAUCAGCAAUCUGAUGUUCUGGUAUCUCGGUGUCAUCAACAAGACACAGAACCCCGCGGCAACUCCUGUGGCACAAAAUCAACCAGCUGCUACCGCCCUGACCGCGUCCAAUCCUGAAAAUGAACAGGUAGACAGGGAGAGUGAACGUCGAGAAGCGGAAGAGAGGCAGAGGGUUGAGAAUGAGCGGCUUGAGAGAGAGAGGGAGAUUGAGCGUGAAAGAGAGCUUCAACUUCAGCAGCAGCAACCACAGAAAAAGGAGUCUCAAAGGAGAGGCGCUCUUACAAAGCCCUCCAGCGGAUCGCAAGGAGCUCGAAGGGUCGCUGAAAUGCCAAUCAAGGGUCCUCAAUACGAGAUGCAGCAUAGAGAAAUGGAGCAGCAGUACAAUGGAUCCAGCUACGGAUAUGGUUCAUCAUCUCCGACGCCACUUGGUGGCGGUCCACCAAGGAUGCAGCGACAGUCAAAUCCGCCAGUUCAUACGCCCCAGAUUGUCCAACCACAAUCAACAAAUUACAUGUAUCCCGGGUACUCGGGGUCUGGGGCGGCAGAUCAACAACAGUUUCCACUUGACACCAUGCAGCCUACUGAGUCAUGGACUUCGCCAUCCACUCCUGGAACUCCGCCCUUGUCGCGCACGCGAUUAACUCCAUCACCCCCUCCUAAUCAUGCCCCAAGUAAUACUUCCCAGCAAGCUCCUGCACGCCGUUCGCGGUCUCCACCGGCCCAAAAUCAUAAUAAAUACUCUGCGAAUGCGUCACCCGCUGCCACUAAUCGUGUCCAAGCCACACGGGCUACAACACGCUCAUUAUCUGCGACUGCAACUACGGGUGCUACUCCAGCCCUCCCCGCUGAAGCAAAGACCAGGAAGGUAGCCAGUGCUCAUGCCGUUAUGUCAACACCACACAACAGAAGACCAAGAGCACAUGCAGAACCUGCACUUCCGCUCCGCACAGAGCGGGGCGAGGAGGAAGAUGUUCCCCUAGCAGUGUGGCAACAACAACGCCGAAAAUAA